UUCUGUGAGACAGUGUGUACAUAGACUUAUAAAUACUAUUUACUUUUUAAAUAGAAGUCUAUAGUCUCAGUGUAGUGACAAUGUGGCGGUUACAGUGUUUGCUUUUAGUGCUGGUGGGUGCUCAAGCAAAACCAAAAUUACCUGGUUUUGGCGCUAAUGCAUACCCUCUAGGAUACGAGGGUUAUUAUAAUGACCGUCCUAGAUACGCAUUUAACUACGGCGUGUCAGAUCCCAACACUGGGGAUGUGAAGUCACAGCACGAGACACGGGAUGGAGAUGUUGUUAAAGGCCAAUACUCUCUCGUAGAGCCCGAUGGCUCGGUGCGUACUGUCGACUACACAGCUGACCCCGUGCACGGCUUCAACGCAGUAGUUUCCAAGUCCGGUCCGAAUGUACAUACGAGACCUGUGCGGCCUGUUGUACAAGCACCCAUAGCGCCAGCCGCUGCACCAGUGGUACAUGUGGCCCCACAAGUUCAACAAGUACUGCCCGUGCCUGUACAGGUAGCGCAACCUGUGCCGCAGGUUGUGCAGUACGUGAAGCCUAUACCGGUCCCAGUAGAGUUUCCCCCGCAGUACUUCAAUCAAGUUUACCCACAGCAGCCACAGCCAUUUUUGUACCCCAAGGUUGGCCCGCAGUUCCCCGAAUAUGACGACUUUGAAUACAACAACGGACCAUUCGCGUACGCCCCCGGCAGUUAUUUCAAAAAAUGAACGAAAAAAAUAUCUAAUUUAUAAGAUAAAAUACUGUAAUUAAAAUGUAUUUUAAUUUUAAC